AUGGGCGAAAAAUAUAAGCCAUGGAUCAUCUUUCUUCAUCUACUGAUAAUCACAUGUUCCAGUGGCAGCAGAGCCAGGGAAUUGGUGGGAAGUGGAACAGAAAACAAAAUCUUGGAAGCAAUCUCUGAUGAGAAUCAUGAAACAGUGCAGAGAGAACAUACACAUGUUCAUUCCCACAUGGAUCACAUAGACCCUUCUGUGAUGGUGUUCUUCACCUUCAAAGAUUUGAAGGCUGGGAAAACAAUGCCAAUUUAUUUUCCCAAGAGGGACCCUGCAACAUCCCCUGAGUUGUGGCCAAGAAAAGAAGCUGACUCACUCCCUUUCUCAUUGAACCAACUCCCAAACCUUCUUAAAGUCUUCUCUUUAUCUCCAAACUCUCCCCAAGCCAAAGCCAUGGAAGACACCCUGAGGGAAUGUGAAAGCAAACCCAUCAAAGGAGAGGUAAAGUUCUGUGCCACCUCUUUAGAGUCCAUGCUUGACUUCACUCAAACCAUUCUUGGCAUCACUUAUGAUCUCCAAGUUUUCACCACCUCUCACAAAACUAAAUCCAGUGUCACUUUCCAAAACUACACUUUCGAAAACAUAGUAAAGAUCCCAGCUUCCAAGAUGGUGGCUUGCCAUACCAUGCCUUACCCUUAUGCUGUUUUUUACUGCCACAGCCAAGAAAGUGAGAACAAGAUAUUUAGGGUGGCACUUGGUGGUGAAAACGGGGAUAGGGUGGAAGCCAUGGUUGUUUGUCACAUGGAUACCUCCCAAUGGGGCCAUGGUCAUGUUUCAUUUCAAGUUCUGAAGGUUAAACCAGGAUCCACUUCUGUGUGCCAUUUUUUUCCCGCAGAUAAUCUCAUCUUGGUUCCCAAACUGCAACAACACGGUCUUGCAACCAUGUGA